AUGAUGAACGACAGAAUAUGGUACUUCACCCUGGUGGACAGAAUAUGGUACUUCACCCUGGUGGACAGAACACGAUACUUCAACAUGAUGAACGACAGAAUAUUGUACUUCACCCUGGUGGACAGAAUAUGGUACUCCAACAUGAGCAGAGACACUCAGAGGAAGAGAUCAGAGGAAAUGGCAAAGCUGCACAACCUAACAGUGGGACUACUGCUGACUGUGCUGCUGCUACUGCAAGGUACCAGAGGAGACUCUAACAUGGUGUUUUCCAGUGCUGGAGGUGCUGCCACUCUGCCAUGUCAUAGUUACCAACGUUACCAAAGCUGCUCAUCAGCUACUACAUGGGCCUCCAAAGGGUACAGAGGGGAUGAUGUAUUCACCUUUGGGGAGAACAGACCAGAUAACACACCCAGAGCUGUGAGUCUGCUCCCUAACUGUUCUCUCCAUAUUACUGAUGUCACCACUAAGGAUGCUGGACAGUACACCUGUCAGCAGUACCCAAAUGGAGGAUCUCAAUAUGGACCUGAAGCUCCAGUUCAUCUCUCUGUUCUCUCAGUUAACCCAGAAGUGAUUGAGAGAGAGACUGGCAGUGAUGUGAGCCUCCACUGCUCCCUGACCACCUAUGGAGAGAGACUAGUUCAUCUUAAAAAUGUCCUGAGCUGGGUGGAUGAGGGAGGGGCUGAGCUGCAGAACACCACCAGCCUCGAGAUUAGAAGAGAAUCUACCUGUUACAUCACACUGACUGAGAAGCUUAGAGCUCCAAACCCUGUUCACACACAGAGGACACGUAAAUGCCAGCUGACUGCAGAAGGGCAGGUUCAGACUUCUGUCUCCCACACCGUCAAAGUGCUAGUGAAUCCAAGUAGACCUCCAGAACCUCCACCAGCACCAGCUCCUACCACCAUCUCCCUUAUCCAACCAACACGGCCUCCAGAUCCAUCACACUCCUCCACCAUCAAACCAACAUGGUCUCCAGGUCCUCCACACUCCUCAGCUGUAGUUAUCAGAGAGCCCAUUUACAGUGUCCCUCUGAUGGCUGGAGUUGGUGUCUCUGUUGGUCUGUUGGCUGCUGUGUUAAUGAUAAUUGUGGUGAUGCGCAAGAGAAAAUCCAAAGCCGGAGGAGAACCGAAACUCAACUCAGAUGAGGAAAGAUCUGAUCUGCACUAUGCAUCCUUUCAGCCCCUCAACCCAACCCAAGCUACUGGGACUUCUGCAACGCAGUCUGAGGACACUGUGACCUACAGCACCAUCAUGCAGUUAUCUGGUGGUGUUCAAGGAGGAAACAGCCCCACUGUGUUCUCCAGUGCAGUGGCGGCGAUGCAUCCUAUGACGCCGGUGGUGGGUGGUCCGGAAGUCCUGGGGGGGGGGGAACACAGACACAACAGGGCAGAUGAAACGAGGCAGAAGUACCGUUUAAGGGAAAUCCAAAUUCGUAGUAGCAAGGCAGAAGGCUGCUCAGAGUUACCGGGAUCGAAGAGUAGUCAGGGGUCGUUACGGCAGAAAGCAGGUAUGGUUUUCUGGGGCAGAAGAGUAGCCAAGAUUCAGGCAGGUCCGGGGUUACAAAACAAGAGUCAGCCAAAAGCGCGAGCAAACAGGUUCCAGGUGUGA